AGUAACUACAGAGGGAUAAAAUUGAUGAGCCACAACAUGAAGUUAUGGGAAAGAGUAGUGGAAGCUUGGUUAAGAAGGUGAGGUGAUGAUUAGUGAGCAGCAGUAUGGUUUCAUGCCAAGAAAGAGCACCACAGAUGCAAUGUUUGCUCUGAGGAUGUUGAUAGAGAAGUUUAAAGAAGGCCAGAAGGAGUUGUAUUGAUUCUUUGUGGACCUGGAGAAAGCAUAUGACAGGGUGCCUCGAGAGGAGGUGUGGUAUUGUAUGAGGAAGUCGGGAGUGGCAGAGAAGUACAUAAGAGUUGUACAGGAUAUUUACAAGGGAAGUGUGACAGUGGUGAGGUCUAUGGUAAGAGUGACGGAUGCAUUCAACAUGGAGGUGGGAUUACAUCAGGGAUCAGAUCUGAGCCCUUUCUUAUUUGUAAUGGUGAUGGACAGGUUGACAGAUGAAAUUAGACAGGAGUCCCCAUGUACUAUGAUGUUUGCUGAUGACAUUGUGAUCUGUAGCGAUAGUAGGGAGCAGGUUAAGGAGACCCUGGAGAGGUGGGGAUAUGCUCUAGAGAGGAGAGGAAUGAAGGUCAGUAGGAACAAGACAGAAUACAUGUGUGUAAAUGAGAGGGAGGUCAGUGGAAUGGUGAGUAUGCAGGGAGUAGAGUUGGUGAAGGUGGAUGAGUUUAAAUACUUGGGAUCAACAGUACACAGUAAUGGGGAUUGUGGAAGAGAGGUGAAAAAGAGAGUGCAGGCAGGGUGGAAUGGGUGGAGAAGUGUGUCAGGAGUAAUUUGUGACAGACGGGUAUCAGCAAGAGUGGAAGGGAAGGUCUACAGGACGGUAGUGAGACCAGCUGUGUUAUAUGGGUUGGAGACAGUGGCACUGACCAGAAAGCAGGAGACAGAGCUGGAGGUAGCAGAGUUAAAGAUACUAAGAUUUGCAUUGGGUGUGACAAGGAUGGACAGGAUUAGAAAUCAGUACAUUAGAGGGUCAGCUCAAGUUGGACGGUUGGGAGACAAAGUCAGAGAGGCGAGAUUGUGUUGGUUUGGACAUGUGCAGAGGAGAGAUGCUGGGUAUAUUGGGAGAAGGAUGCUAAGGAUAGAGCUGCCAGGGAAGAGGAAAAGAGGAAGGCCUAAGCAAAGGUUUAUGGAUGUGGUGAGAGAGGACAUGCAGGUGAUGGGUGUAACAGAACAAGAUGCAGAGGACAGAAAGAUAUGGAAGAAGAUGAUCCGCUGUGGCAACCCCCAACGGGAGCAGCCAAAAGAAGAAGACUGAAA